UCUCCUUGAAAGGAAAGGGAGAGAAUAACCUCUGCCCAUCGUUACCUGAUGCAUUACUGGCUUCUGUUUCCUUUCUGGUUUUCUAAUACAAAUACGCAAGGAUUUAAAAGGCCCGGGUCAGCAAUUAAAGUAUUAUCUAUAGGAUUUACAUCUGUGUAUCUCCUUUGGGCAAUUGGAAAUAACUGCAUAGUGGACAUUACUAUGAACUAUGGAGCUCUUGUGUGCUGAACCAGAAGGGAUUGUCGUCAGGAUCUAGCUCGUUUCGCCAUGAGUAUUGCAGUGUCUCCGAUGGCUACCGACCCAGCAUCACCAAUGAUCUUGAGCAUGACUCCUGUAGUGGAGCCGAGGGGGCAGGGGGAGGAGGAGGAGGGGCAGGUGAAGGAGGCUGAGUCUGGGCAGCGCUACGAGAAGCCUCCUCCUCUCCACACAGGAGCAGACUGGAAGGUGGUCCUGCACCUCCCUGAAAUAGAAACGUGGCUGCGUGUGACCACUGAGAGAGUUCGGGACCUCACCCACUCCGUCCAGCAAGAUGCAGAGAAUAAACACGUGGAUGUGCAUUUAGUACAGCUGAAGGAUAUUUGUGAAGACAUCUCAGACCAUGUGGAGCAGAUCCAUGCCCUGUUAGAGACAGAAUUUUCGCUGAAGCUCCUGUCUUACUCAGUCAACAUUAUAGUUGACAUUCACACAGUGCAGCUCCUUUGGCACCAGUUACGGGUCUCUGUUCUAGUGCUGAAGGAACGAGUCCUGCAGGGUCUCCAAGACUCUAACGGGAACUUCACCAGACAGACAGACAUCCUGCAGGCCUUCUCUGAGGAUAAGAAUGAGGCCCGUCUUGACUCCUUAACUGAAGUUGAUGAUUCAGGUCAGUUGACAAUUAAAUGCAGCCAAGAUUACUUUUCAUUAGAUUGUGGUAUAACUGCAUUUGAACUGAGUGACUACAGUCCGAGUGAGGACCUGCCAGCUGAUCUGGAUGCAAUGACCUCUAGCCGAAUAAAGUCAAAAACCCACGAGGUCUGUUAUUACCCAGAUUUGGAGAAAGACUUCCCAGAGCUUAUCCAAAGUGUGGGCUUGCUGACGGUAGCCGCUGAACGCUUGUCUUCCAAGCAAGAAGAAAACAUCACAAACCAAGAAGGACAGUCAGCUGCCACUCCAGAAAUCAGGGAAGAAUCCAGUGACACUUCCAAGAAGUCAUCCCCUCUGAGUGGGAUAGCCAAGCCUUCCACUGAGCCAUCAGCCAUACCUGAUAAUUCAUCUGCUGUGGCUAUAGGGACUUCCUGUCAGAAACAUCAAUCAGUUCCAAAAAGCCGGCACCACUCUCAUUGUGAAAACUCUAUCUCCAAAAGACCUAUCAGAGACUGUUUUAACUACAAUGAGGUGUCUCCAACGCAGCCGUCUUUGCCUAAAAAAGCCAUGUACUUAGAAGGAAUGUCUAGAGAUGAUAUAGAAUCGGUCCUCAGCAGAAUCCAUCCAUCAUCUCUUUUAAUUCAGGCAGAGAUGAGCAGAAGCACUCCAUCCCUUCUGGAUCCCCCAGAUAGGUCCAAGUUCUGUCUGGAACUCACAUCAGUCUACCCAAGUAAUACCUCCUCACCAAUCAGCCAGUCCUAUGAUUGUUUGAACAAGAUCAGUGACAAGAACCGUAAAGUUUUAAUGAAUGCAUCUUCAUACAAAACUUCUCUGGGCCCAGAUAGGCUCAACCUCACAAUGCAAAGCUCUUUGGAAACAGAUCGACCAAGUGACCUUGAAGAUCAGAGUUCCUACGGGGAAUCCAGAUAUGCACCGAGCACUGACUCCCCUCACUGCUGCAAUGAGAUCAGUAGUUCAGCUCAUAACGACAGAGCAGUGAAGAGUUAUAAGGUGAGAGUCCAGUCUUUAAUUGCAGAAGAUGAUCAAAGUAAUCUUCCAGGAUCCCCCAUGCAUAGUAAUCAGAAAGAUUCCAAUGCUGGUAGCCCAAAAUCAGCAUUGACAUCACUGAUUCCACUUCCUCCAAAAGACGAACAGAAGCGUUCACCAAACCAGAGUAAUGGGAGCAGUAAAACGGUUGAGCCAUGGUAUGGAUCAGAUGAAUACUUGGCUCUUCCAGCUCAACUCAAGAAAACAGAAAUGCUAGCACAGAAGCUGGAGAACUUGGCCAAGGUCCUGCCCCAGAAACCCAUGGAAGACACCAUCCAGGAUAUCGAUGACUGGGAUCUUUCAGAAGUGAACUCUGACUUUGAGGCCUUCCCACCGUUUCAGCCUAACAGAAGGUAUGAAAAAGCUUUUGGUACCAGGAUGAUUUCACCCACAUCCUCUAGUGACAUUGCCCCAUCACUGGAUGAGAGCAUUGAAUCUGGGCCAUUGAGUGACCUCCUAUCAGAGGAUGAACUGCCCAUUCAAGAACCUAGAACUGAAAGAUGUGUUAAAGAAAAGGUGCAGAAGGGAUGGGUUGGACCGGAGUCCUGUGAUGCAGACGAUCCCAACCUAAGCAAACUGGCGCUUAUUCAGCAGCUGCUUGAAGAUAUCCACCACCAAGACAACUAUGAAGCCGUCUGGGAAAAGAUUGAGGGGUUUGUCAGCAAGCUGGAUGAAUUUAUUUGCUGGUUGCACAAAGCUCUGGAAGCAACAGAGAACUGGACCCCUCCCAUGGCAGAGACAGACAGCCUCAAGUUGUACCUGGAAACACACUUGAGCUUCAAACUGAAUGUGGACAGCCACUGUUCUCUGAAGGAAGCCGUGGUGGAGGAGGGCCGCCAGCUCCUGGAGCUCAUUGUGUCUCACAAAUCAGGGCUUGAAGACAUGCUGCAGAUGAUUUUAAGUCAGUGGCAGGAACUACAGAGGCAAAUCAAGCGUCAGCACAGCUGGAUUUUACGAGCCUUAGAGAUCAUCAAAGAAGAGAUCCUGGCUAGUGAUGUGUCUCAGGAGGACGAGCAUGGAACAGGGAGCCCCAAGGGUGAGGCGCAGCUGUGUGACCUGGAAGCCAGGAGAGAUGUUGUAGAGCAGAUGUCCCUCAAGCUCUACAGUGAGCAGUACUCCAACAGCACCAAGAGGAAAAAAGAGUUUGCUGAAAUGUCAAAAGUCAACAGAAUAGAAAGUAAUAGUCUUCUGGAUUUUGAAUCGGAGUACCAGGAGCUGUGGGAUUGGCUGAUUGACAUGGAAUCCAUAGUGAUGGACAGCCAUGACCUGAUGAUGUCAGAAGAGCAGCAGCAGCAUCUCUGCAAGGGCAACAGUGUGGAAAUGGCAAUGUGGCAGCCUAAGAAGGCACAAUUACUGGGCAGAGUUGAAUCGUUGAAGAGAAGCGGAGCUGUGCUACCAACAGAUCUCGAGGACAAAGUAGGAGCAUUGACAAAGAAAUGGGAUCUAUUGGAGAAAUCUCUGAGGGAGCGGAUGCCUGGCAGAGGGACAGAGCAGACUGGGGUGGGCCCACGUGACCUGCUCUCGCCUGAGACUGGCAGCCUAGUGCGGCAGCUGGAGGUCAGGGUCAAAGUGCUUAAAGGGUGGCUGAGAGAUACCGAGCUUUUCAUCUUCAACUCCUGUCUGAGGAAAGAGAAGGAGGAAACACUGCACACCCAGAAACAGCUGCAAUACUUUAAGUCCCUGUGCUGUGAGAUUAGGCAGCGGCGGCGUGGCAUCGCCUCGGUCCUGCGUCUGUGCCAGCGGCUCCUCGAUGACCAGGACUCCUGCGCUGUGGACUCUGAGCGGCAGUCAAUGCAGCUGACCAUCGUCAACCUGGAGAGGAGAUGGGAAGCCAUUGUCAUGCAGGCCAUUCAGUGGCAAACCAGGCUGCAAAAGGAGCUGGGAACAGAGCAGGUGCCCAUGAACGUAAUUGAGUCUGCUUUCAUGGAUGUAAAUGGUUCAGCCGAAGAUUCUUGGGAAUGGGACGAAACUGACAUAAGUAACAAUUUCAUCAGUGUCAACAUAGAAUCACGUGAUCCUGAUAAAGUGAAAAGCCCUACAUCAAACUUAACAAUAGAGUCCUUAAGGAGUGCUGCUGAUAACCCACAGUUUAAUCAAUAUGUUUCUGGAUAUGGAAGUUCUUCAUACGACUCUAUUCAUGCACCUCACUCUUCCAGUCCACAAAUAUAUCAAGUUUACAGUCUGCAUAAUGUGGAGCUCUUCCACAGACCUCAUGGACCCUUCCUUAAAAAAACUCCUGAAUAUCCAAAACAACCAAACAUUUUACUGAAAAGUUUAAGUAAAGACUCAUCUUUCUCUUCCACUGAGUCCUUGCCUGACUUGCUUGGAGGAAUUAUUUCAGUUAAAGAUGGCAAGUAUGUGUACUGUGGAGAUGUAGCCAGGCGGUCUGAAAGUGAGAGUGGCAUUGUCAGUGAAGGUGAUACAGAAACUACAGCUAACUCUGAAAUAUGCCUGCUAAAUCAGGUUGAAGAACCUGCCCAGUGUUCUGAAUUGAAGGACCAGAAGCCCUCAUUAAACAGCGCUCAGGUUUAUAGUAAAGACACAGAAGAGCUUGCAGAAAAUGUGGAUUCUCGGGGUUCACAUAAAAACUGUACCAAGCUAAGUGGAAACAAACAGAAUUCACUAGAGGAAAAGAAAAUAAUUGAUGGAAAUCACCAGUUGGCUUUUAAAUGUGAGAAUCAAUCUGUAGAGAUCUAUGUUAAUGACCAUGAAUCUUUAAUUGAAACUGAAUCAGAAUUUGAAUCCCACGCUUGCUGUGCUGGGCGAGAUGAUGAAAGACUUUGUUGUGAUCUAAGAAAUGAUAAACGGUUUGCUUUUUUGUCCCAGGGGUCUUCCCUAGACUCCCUUUCUGUCGCAGGAGAUUUAUUUACAUCCAGCAAAGAUGUGCUACAUCGCAGCACUUCUCUGGAGAGCUGGCUGGUCUCCUGUAAAAGUACAGAAGAAUUCUCCAGUCAGCAUAGUUUAGAAGAAUUUGGCUUAACUGGCGAUUCAAUUGGGGAGCUGAGCAAGAGAACCCUGGACCUGCUAAAACGUUUGGAGAACAUUCAGAAUCCUUCAAACCAGAAAAUGAAGCGCAGUGUCUCAGACAUAACUCUCCAGAGUAACUCCCUUAAAAUCCAUCCAACUGGCCAAAUGUCCCUUGACAUUGCAUCCUCAAUAAACGGUGACUCGGCUGCCUCUCUCACAGAACUGAGCAGUAGUGAAGAUGUUUCUCUCUGCUCAGAAGACCUUGCAGUUCAGAAAAACAGAAUUGUGGAAUCCAAUGCCUCCUUCAGGAAGCAUGUUAAUCAUGCUUUGCCUGAUGAGGCAGAUGUUAGUAUUAGCAUGAUUGUGAAUGUCUCCUGCACAUCUGCUUGCACAGAUGAUGAUGAGGAUGAUAGUGAUUUGCUGUCUAGUUCCACUCUUACGCUGACUGAGGAGGAAUUUGGCAUUAAAGAUGAGGAUGAUGACUCUAGCAUAGCUACAGAUGAUGAAUACAUAGAAAGCAGUUUUGUUUUAGGGCUGGAUUACAUGAAGAACGAAUUGCAGAACUGGAUCAAGCCAAAGAUUUCUCAGUCAAGAGAAAAGAAUGAGUUUGGUUUGGGAGAUGAACUUCAGUGCAGUACCCUCAGCCAUGAAAAUAUCACCUCCACCUCCACCAUCACAUUGAAUGAACAACGUUUUUUAAGCAAAGCAGCACUUAAGCUACUAGAAUCCAAUGCCAAUGGUAAGAUUGACUCAGUCUGUCAAAAGGACUUGGGUAUUAAGAAGAAGAAUACCCAGGAAGAUCCUACUGGUUACAGGAACCAGUUUGUAGAUGACGUGGAGAAUGGAAAUGUGGAGAAUGCUCAACUGAAAGGGAAAGAUGAUGAGGAGGUUUUAAGGGAAGAAGAAAGUAUUUUUAUAAACAGUGGAGAACCCCUUAAAGAAUGUUAUGAAACUGAUUUGGUUGCAGGUUCCUCCGUAGGCCCAGUUGCAGGGGCCAGCUCUGUCAAAUGUGACCUAUUAGAUUCACAACCCAAAGAACACUCUCUAGAAGGUCAGUUAAGGGGUGAAAUUCCCUGUUACAGUUCAAGCAGACCUAAAAUGAAUUGCCAUGGAUCUAGCCAAUGCACUAAACAAAUGAUAAAUGAGGACAGCAGUCAAGACUCCUAUUCUACCUUUCUUAUGGAUGCUGAAGAUAAAAAUACCACUACCAACGACUCACCAUGUUGUGGCCAUUACACUCAUGUUAAUAAGGAAGAGAACAAUGACGAUGACAGUUCAGUGCAUAACUUUGUAAUGGAGAUAAUUGACAUGGCUUCGGUGGCCUUGAAGAACAAGGCCCAGUCAGACCCCGAAGCAGCUAGCCCCACGCCAGUGGCCCAAAUCAGAGACAAGGUUUUGGAGCACUCGCAUAGACCGAUACAGCUGAGAAAAGGUGACUUCUACUCCUACCUCUCACUGUCCUCUCAUGACAGCGACUGUGGAGAAGUUAGCAGAUGCAGUGAGGAGAAGAGCAGUACCCCUGUACCAGCGGAUCUCAAUGCUGGUUUUGUGGUUAAAGAUGGGGAGCUGUUGUUUGAACCAUGUUCAGAAGAAGUUUAUAUUGGUUCCCCACUCUGUUAUAGCAGGUCCACCUAUCAAAGACCUUCUGCUUCAGAUGAACAUGUCUCUGCUAGUUCUGCAAAGCCUAAAAUUAAUGACUGUUCUUUGCCAUGUAAUGGGGUGGACACUCUCUGCUCUGCAAACCAAAAAGCAUCCAGUAUUUCUAAAGGAACUACAGCUAGGAGCCAGUUAGAGUACCAUAAUGAGGCUCCUUAUCUUAAUCCUUUACCAUGUGAAACCGUGAUAGACACUGUUGAAUGUUUUUCAGAUACUAAAAUGCUUGAAUCCAAUAUUUCCCCUGUAAUGACUAAGAUAAGAGACUCUUGCUCCAAUACAAAUCCUUUAAAAGAGGUAGACAGCCUCUAUAUUAAUCCUAAAAUUAACUGUCGUCAGAUAAGAAAAUUUGAUAGGGAUGAAAAAGACCCUGCUUCACAGUGGAUGAAACAGAAACAUGUCAAAAAGGGAUGUAGUUCUCAUCAGGAAACUAAGUCAGCUCGUAAACAGUUGCCAAGGUCUGAAAGAUAUACAAAAGAUGACCGAAAGCAAGCCAAAGGCGGCAACACCUACGCUGACAGCUCAGACCACCCAGAACCCUAGUGCUGUAAGGUGUCUGGCCAAGAGACCAACACGCAGCUUUGCUCCUCCAUACUCCAAAACCAACCCAUGACGUGAGCUGUGUUCUAACUGAUCCCUGCUCAGCACCGUCAGAGAAACCAAGGCCGUCCUCUUUCCAACAGAGUUGUUCAUUUCUGGCUUGGCCAUGUGGCUUCUUCUGCUUCUCCUGUUACUGACUGUGACUGUAACUCCCAUAUUAGUGGUGCCCACACACUGCAACAAACCCACUGUCCUCACUUCAUCAUGGACUCUUGUUCUGAGCUACCUCAAAGGUCCACCUCCAUUCUGAAUUUUUAUUACUCUUUCUCUUAUGCAUGGUAGUUCACCUCUAUAUCCUACAACCACAAAAUUAAAGAUAAAAUAAGUACAUUAUAAGUACAUUAUUUUAUGUCAUUAUGUCAACCGCAAACCACUUUGUUUAUCUCUGAUUUUAUGCACAGAUAUUUCUCAUUGGAAGCAGCUUUUUUUGUUUUGCCUUAUUGUUUUAAGAGUUAACUAUUGGUAUGAUAGAAAUGAAGAAAGAUAACAACUUCCAUUUUUCAUUCUUGAUUCCCAUAUACAACAGAAUUUAAACAGUGCUAAAAUUGACCGUUUGUAAAAAUAAAUCCAAUAUCUAUCUAUGCAACACUGGAUAAGUUGGAAACAACUGUAUUGUGUUGUAUAUUACAAGGCCCUUGGCAUUCUGUGUAAGUUAAUAAUACACCAUUUCUUUUUUUUAUGUUACUUUAUAUGGAAAUGUUUUAAAACAUAAAAAAUGCGUGCCUUGCUGUUUUUCUUAUACUUUUUGUUAAAACUGCUUUUGCCAGUUAAAUGUUCAAAAAAGAUGGAAUAGCAAGGUUAAGAUGUGAAUAAUGUGUGUGUGU